AUGGUCCUGAAGAACGGGCCUCAGCCGAUCGUGAUUCACGAUGCUGCCAACAACACCUUUACACUGGACGAGAAUGCAUUGCGACGUAUCUUGCUGCAUGAUGACGUGAAGGACAAGCCUGUUGCUGUAGUUUCCGUGGCGGGAGAAAUGCGGAAGGGAAAGUCCUUUAUGCUCAACUUGUUUCUGAGAUAUAUGCGGCAUCGUCAAGCAUGCGCAGUAUCUUCGAGCUUAUUUGAAGACUGGCUCGCCGAUCUUGAUGCUCCAUUUGAGGGAUUUUCAUGGCGCAGUGGAAUGGACGGGAACACAUCGGGUAUCCUCAUGUGGGACGAAGUGUUCACGGUUACAACAUCCGAGGGCAAGCAGGUGGCUGUCGUCUUCAUGGACACAGAGGGCAUGUUUUACCAGGGUGCAACAAUGAAGGAGUGCACUACCAUUUUUGCUCUCAGCACACUGAUUAGUUCUAUCCAGGUGUACAACAUCUCCCAAAACCUUCAAGAGAAUCACCUUCAAUUCCUGCAGUUUUUCACAGAGUACGGGCGUCUUGCAGCAGAGAACACGUCUGAGAAGCCUUUCCAGAAGCUUAUGUUUCUGGUACGAGACUGGAGCUACCUACGCGAUGCUGCUUAUGGUGCGGAAGGAGGAGCGAUCGUUCUGGACAAGUGGCUAAAGGUUUCGGAGCAGCAACAUGAAGAUGUGCGACAAAUCCGCGAGCACAUCCGAUCCUGCUUCCCACAGAUGGAUUCCUUCCUUAUGCCUCAUCCUGGGGACAAGGUGGCUACUUCUGAUAAGUUUGACGUUCUUGUUGCAGAUAUUAAGCCAGACUUCAUAGCUCAUCUAAAUGACCUGGCAACUAGCCUCCUCGCUCCAGACAACCUCUUGGUGAAAACAGUCAAUGGCACAGAAAUUACAUGUGGAGCGCUGGUGAAUUACUUUAAGGCUUUCAAGGACUCUCUUGAGAAAGGCGGCCUCCAAGAGCCGAGAUCUAUAUUGCAGAUUUUUGGCCAGGGGGCAUGCAUGACGGACGAUGAACUCGAGGAGCAUCACAAGCGCUUCAGCAACUCUGCACUGGAGCGGUUUCGGGCCAUUCCUAGAUUUGGUGGAGACGACUACAUCCAGCGUUUUCUUGGAAAACUCACGAAGGGAAUCGACACUCAAUACAAUAUGUAUGCCGAGAGCAAUGAAAGCAGACAAGCGGCAGCACAAUCCGAAUGGAACUGCAAGAUCUACAAAGGACUAGCAAUAGCAUCAACAGUAGUAGGGCUUGGAGUGACUAGUGUCAGCGCAGCCCUGGCUUCUGGCACCGUCCGUGCAGCUAUCGGAGGCGCUGCCGAAAUUUCCUCGAAUGGCGCCCUGAGUGCGGCUGCUCUCGCAGUCGUCGGUGCUGCAAAGGCAACUACCAAGAAUUUUACUUGA